AUGGGUGUCAAUCCCUCGACAGCGGCAAAGCUGGAAGACGACGUCUGGGGUCUAGGAGACGAUGCUUACGCCUCGAUAUUCGAUGCAUACCAUCAAGUCCACUGUCUGAAUUCCCUACGGCGAAUCGCAUACGGCGACUAUUACAACCUCAGCAUGGCACGGGCACACACCGUCAAGCAACGCGAGAUCCACAUCAACCACUGCAUCGACAUCCUUCUCCAAAGCAUCCAGUGCAACGCAAAUCUCGAUUUGAUUCCUUUGCAUUGGGUAGAGACGCAGGAGUAUCCCUUCCCAGAUAUGUCGAUUAACAAGAAGUGCGUUGACUUUGAGGGCUUGACGGAGUGGCGCAAGGCCAACACAAUCGACAUGGACAAGUAUGUUGAGGUCAUGAAGAUGCCGGAGGUGGGCAAGCCAGGUAUCAAGGAGCUCCCCGCGGCGGAUCAGUACUACGAGUACUGGGGCUAUGAUAAUCCGAACCACAAGCCAAAGGCUGAAGGAGGGCAUGGGCUUGCGUUGGGUGUGGACUCGAAUUUGUAG